UAACUGAUUCUACCUUUUAUUUAUAUAAAUGCUAGGUGACAUCAUGCGUCGCAGGGGAUGAUAUGCUGGUGUGCAGUUUCAGUUUUCACAGACAGAGGCCGGUACGUCUUCUUCAACACAGCAGCCUGAGGUCAGUUCAGCUGCACAGCAUUCUGAGCCCUGUCCUUCAUCAUCAGCACAGCACGAUCCUCCUGUUCAUCAGCCAGAUGAUGAGAUACACGUGCAGGAUAUAUAUUGUCUUUCAUAUAAUUUUAUUUUUAUUUUAUUUUAUGUAUAUUUAUGAUAUAGUUACUUUUAUGUAUUUUUUACAGACAGAUCUGAGAGAGUACGCCCCAGACGCGGACCCACAGUAAUACGAGAUGUGUGGCAGAUGCGUGAGGGCGAGAGAAUUAUUGUGGAGUGCAAUCAGCUAGAUCAGCCAAUUAAGAAAGCUGCCUGCUUAUUGACUUCAUUUUUGGAGACUGUUGCUCGGAGGCCUCAGCUAUGUCCGUUGGGCUAUGCAAAAUGGAAUGACAUGCUUCCAACGUACAAAGUUAAGCUCCUCCGAGUUAUAGAGAACAAGUUUGUUCUCCCUCCAUCCACUCAUGAUUUUGUAAUGAAGUCUCUCAACCACAAAUGGAAAGAAUAUAGAGCACAAUUGAAGAGGGACUAUAUGAGACAGGGUAUGACAGAGGAGGAGGUUGUUAGGAAUUGUCCUCCUGAUGUACCCCCUCAUCAGUGGAUGGAGUUGGUUCAUUAUUGA